UAAAACUGGCACAGAUCUGGCAACCAUGACUCCCGGUAGCCAGUCUGGCAACGCUGCACUAAAGUCGAGUUGGCAUUUGGAUUUUUGGCUGCGUUUUCCAAAGUUAAUUGUUUAAAAAAACGACGACUGCUUACGGCAAUCAGCAAACAAGUAAAUGUAUUGUUUAGUCAUCUGUCAGAUGAAAACACUGUGUAUGUGUAAAUAAGCGAACGAAACGAAUCUGAGCAAUUUUUUCCUCCAAAAUGUUGCACAACAAUGCUCCCUGGCUGCCACCGCAUCAGCAGCCGCAGCAGCAGCAGCAGCAGCAACAUCCUCCUCCUCCGCAGCAGCAGCAGCAGCAUCCUUCACAUCUGCCACCCACGCAGCAGCAGCAGCAACAGCAUCCGCAUCAGCAGCAGCAACCUGUCUAUGCCAGCCAAAUGUUUCAACAGCAACCACAGCAGCCCAACUAUUGGCCAGAGAAUCCCCAGGAUCCUCACCAGCAGCAGCAGCAGCAGCAGCAAUCCCUGAACUACAACAACUACUACGGAGGACAGCAACUUCCGCAGCAGCAGCAGCAGCAGCAACUUCCGCAGCAACCGCCCCAGCAACCACUGCAGCAGGACCUCUCGUAUCCUUUGGAAACCCCUCAGUACAUCAUGGAUCCUUUGGACAACAACAACAGAUCCCGGAACGAUGGCUGGGGAGAUUGGGGCGAUUGGAAUGAUAAUAGCAUCAAUAACAACAACAACAAUACCGCUGGAAGCACCACCAGCGAGCCAUCUAAUGGUGAUCAGCUCCUGGAGGAUGCCUUCAAUGUACAAUCCUCGCCAGGCAACUGGCAGGUCUUUCCCAGCAGCAACAGCACCAACAACAACAACAAUAACAAUAGUGUGGAGCUGCCACCGCCCGCUGAACAGCCAAAUAGUAACCUGCAACACCACCACCAACCGCCACAGCAGCAGUUGUUCCACCAGCCGCUGCACUCCCCGCCAGAGCUGGGCCAGGAGCCGGAACUAGAUGCCAUUGUGCCGCCCAUGGCGUUCCAGAAUCAGCCCAGCGGAGUGACGGAAAUAGCUCCACCUCCUCUACCACCCACAUCACUGGCUACGGUGGGACUACCCCCGGCUGUGGGAGCUCCACCACCGGCAGCAGCAUCUCCGCCAGCUCCGGCACUGGUGGCGCCACCGGCAGCCCUUCCUCCUAGCCUGGCACCUGCCGCUGGCCCGCCGCCCGCAGGCGGUAAUCCCUUCAAGCGGUCCACGGGUCUCAGCAAGCGGGUCAACAUUCUGGCCAGUCCGGCAGGAGGAGCACCAGGAGGAGCACCAGCAGUAGCACCAGUAGCUCCAGUAGCAUCGCCCCUGGUGGCUCCUCCGCCCGAAUCCCAACCAGAUGCCUUCAAUGUACUGGCUCCCGUGCCAGCUCCUCUUCCAACAUCACUCCCAGCUCCACUACCAGCUCCCAGCACAUCCUUCUAUGCCCCAACACCACUGCCGCCCGCAUCCAAUGUCGUGGAGCAGCCGGAUAACCAGGAGGUGCUCUCGGCGCCCAAUGAUGAGCGUGCCCAGUACCUGCAGACCAGCCAUUUGUCGGAGCAGCUGGAUCUGGAGGCGGAUCAGGACGCUGGACUGCUGCCGCCGCCAGGACUGUCGCGUCUGGUGCUUGGACAGCCGGAGCUGGAGUCGCAGCAGCAGCGCCUCGUAACCGGCGCCACCGAGCAGCCGGCUCAGGCCCAGGCGGCCCUGCACAUGGAGGAGCGACUGGCCGACGGCGAGGACACCUCGGAGGGUGAACAGAUCCCGGCCAGGCGGGUGGUAACCGGCGUGGAGAUAUCCGCCAUUCCGGUCGUCCUGCCGGUGCGGGAGCAGCGCGAAGUGGUCCUCGAUGGCGAGAAUCUGGAGGAUCGCGACGAUAUCCUGCCGGCAGUGGCGCAGGCCGAGCUGCCGUCCUCAGCACAUCACAUCCUGCCCCCGGAUGACCUGCCGCCCGUGGAGCACUCGCCCCUGCUGUCCAACUCGGACGUCCAGAUGAUGAUCCAGCAGAACAAGCAGCUGCCGCUGGAGAAGAAGCGCUCGGUGGGCCCCAGGGGAAACACCUCGCUGGACCUGGAGUCCGAGGACGAGUCGGACGAGUUCCUCCAAAGCGAACGGGAGCGGGAUCGUGAGCGGGAACGGGAGCGGAAGCGAGAACGUGACCGAGAUCGCCGGGAUCUGGCCGAGGAUCGGCGCGCCGGACGUGGACGCAGCCACGGACACUACAAUACCUAUGACGGGGAAACGGAGGACUCGGUUCGGGGCGGCACCUCGCACCACAGCGACUCGAAGACCCUGCGGGACUCUCAUCCGCGUCGCAGCCACGACUCGAAUCGCCAGCACCAGGUGGCGGAUCAUGAAUGGGAACGGGACCGGGAUCGGGAUCGUGAAAGGGAACGGGACAGGAACGGCGGCCGGGAGCGUGGCGGCGACCGGGAUCGGGAUCGGGAUCGUAAGCGGGAUCGCAACUGGCGUCCCCGAUCGCACAAGUACCACAGUGGUGGCGAGGACCAUGACCGGUCCUACGACCACUCCCGGCGCUACAACUACGACGGCGAGUCGGACAAUCGCGACAUCAACCAGAUCGACGGGGAGCUGGAGGGUAGCGGUGGUCCCGGAACCGGUGGAGCCUCUGGCGGCGGCCGGAGCAGCAAGACCGGUCGCCAGGACUACGAUGAGUACGAGAGGGAACGGGAACGGGAUCGGGACAGGAACUACGGCAGCAGGCGGUCCACCAAGCAGUCAUCCGGCGAGAAGUACCGCUCCUCCGGCUCAAACCGACGCAGCUACGACAACCAGGGCAGAGCUGGGAAUCGUCAUCCGGAUCUGAGGCACUGGGACGGCUAUGAGGAGUACCGCCGAAAGAGCUCUCGCAACAGCGAUCUGGAGAAGGAGCGGAUCAACGGCGGGAAUCCCAACUCGCAAGCUGGUGGUGGUUCGGCCGGUGGUGGAUCGGGUUCUGGGAAGCGUAACCGCAACUACGACCAGUAUGCCGCCGGUGGCUACGAUCCCUAUGGCAUGUACGAACAAAUAUCCCGCAAUCCCCAGGCCUAUGCCGACUUGUACGCCAAGUUCUAUGGCCAGAUGAUCAACUCGAUGACGGCGGCCGUCAAUGUGGUGGCCUCCAAGACCAAUGUGCCAGGUGGUGGUGGUGGUGUCAUAGUCCCGGGUGCCUCAACGACCCAGUUGGUGGCGGCUCCACCUGGAAGUGAUGCAGCUGCUCUGCAAAGGGAACGCGAGAGGUAUACACAUGCAUACAUAAAUCAAGCCAAUGAAUUCCAUCGACAACAUUUCAAAGAGUUGAUCUACCAGAAGCAUCACCAACAACAACAACAACAGCAACAGCAACACCAGCUACACCAACAACAUCAUCAUCAUCUACAACAACAACAGGAUAUACUGAACAGCAGUUAUACGGAGGAUAAUACCAGUUAUUAUGGAUCAGUUUUCCAUCCAAAUCCAUACUCGAAUCUAUCCCAUGCCGGAUCGCUGAGUAACUUAAAUGGCGGCGAUGGACGCUCCUCCCGCUGUGGACCCAUUUAUGCCGGUUCCGAGUGCGGACUCGAUAUCAGAGCUGCCACGGAAGCGGCGCCAUCGACCUACGGCGGAACUAGUGUCUCCGGUGUGGUCACCACGGCCGUGGCCCGUCCGCCCCGCCGGCGCACACCGCUGCUCUUUAGUCGACCCCACCUGGUGGCCUCCUACUCCAUGAGCCUGCUGCUGAAGGUGAAGCCCAAGUUCGCGGGACGCGGUCGGCUUCGGAACGACGUGGAAGUGGCACCACCGCGCAUCCGUGACGGAACUAGCAGCCUGCUGCGCAUGUAUCCGGGUCCGUUGCAGGGCCGGAAGUUGCACAAGGACAAGAUCAUUAGCUUCUGCAAGGAUCAGAUCCGGCUGGGGCCCACCCGCGGCUGUACGGUGCUCUAUGCCACGCAGAAGAAACCCCAGGGCAGUGUGGACAAGUACCGAGCCUCCCAUGCCCUCAUGUGGCAUCUCCUGAUCCUCCUCUUGCGCCAGAAUGGGUACAUUGCCGACACGGAUGUGGGUGAUCUGUUGCUGGAGAACCAACAGGAAUAUCCCUACAAUCCCAGCGAAUUUGAAACGGAAGCUGAACCCGAUGCUGAGGCAGAGACUGGCACUGAUCCGGAUGCUGGGACGGCGGAGAAGGCCGCCUUCUCGGACGCCGAAAGUGUGGAGGCGGUGGGCGAGGAGACGUCGGCGGGCACCACGGGUGCCAAUUCGUCGAGUGCAGCUGGCAGUGGCACCACUCCCAGCAGUGCUGGAGCUGCUGGAGGUCCGUCGCCACUCUCGGAGCAGGCUGCCACUGAUAAGUUCCGCAGCUAUGUCCUGCGAGGGAACGUGGAGGAGGCACUCCAAUGGGCCACCGAUAAUGGCCUGUGGACGCACGCCUUCUUCCUGGCCCUGUACGAGGAUCGUUAUGCCCUGACCGAUGUGGCGCAGAAGUUCCUCAGUCGCGCCAUCAAGACCAAUGAUCCCUUGCAGACGCUCUACCAGAUGAAGUCCUGCCACACGCCGGCCUGCGUCAGCCAGCUGCGGGACGAGCGUUGGGGCGACUGGCGCUCUCAUCUCUCCAUUCUGGUGACCAACAAGAGCCGACAGCCCGAGUACGAUCGGAGUUCGGUGGUGGCUCUGGGCGAUACCCUGUUCCAGCGUGGCGACAUCUAUGCGGCACACUUCUGUUAUCUGGUGGCCCAGGAGGAGUUCGGACGGUAUGAUAGCUCCGCCACCGAGCAGGCUAGCCUCACGGCGAACGUGCCCCGACUGAUCCUGUUGGGCGCCUCGCACUACAAACACUUCAAUGAGUUCGCCAGCAACGAGGCCAUCAUCAUGACCGAGAUCUACGAGUAUGCUCGCUCCCUGUCGGAUCCCAAGUUCAGCAUCGCUCCAUUCCAGCACUACAAGUUCCUGCUGGCCACCCGGAUACUCGACUAUGGCCAGCACUUCCGUUGCACCAACUACCUGGAGCAGAUAGCUCGUCAUAUUGAGCUGAAGCCGGAUAGCUAUGACCCGGAUUUCAUUCAAAGGGUGUGUGGCUUGGCGGAACGACUGCGCUAUCAUGAUCCCAUUCUGAUCAAUCGGGUGUCCUUCGCCAGUCCACCGAAUGCCACUGGCAAGGACAGUGCUGCUCCGGAGGAGAAGGCCUGGCUGCGUCAGCUCCGAGCUCUGGCCGAUGUGCCACAACCGGAACAGCAGCAGCAGCAGGACCCACUGCAUCAGCAGCAACAGCAACAGCAGCAGCUGCAGCAGCACGACAUCAACCAACAGUUCGCGGAGGUGAACCAACAGUUCAAGGAGCUGAACAUGCAGUACGUUGGCGCCAACCUGGAGAGCACCCUGCAGGCCCAGAAGCCCCAGGAAGUGCCCCAGCCGCAGCAGAACCUCUACUACGACCCGAACGCCAUUCCGAGUCAGUACGAAACGACGGAGUACGAGCAGGCGCCGGAGGCGAGUGGCUCUGCAGCAGCACCGGCACUGGCUCCGGUGGCAGCCUAUCCCGGUUACAAUUACCUCCCGAACGAUGUGGAUAACACGACCACGCCGGCAGCAGAGCUCUACGACCCAAAUAUAAGUCAGAUGCCGCAGCAGCAUCCUGGACAGCCGCAGGACUAUCCAUCCUACGACCAGCCAGCAGAUUCAGGCGCUCCCGGAGGCGGGAACUAUGGCUACGACUACUGGUCGGGAUCCCAGCAGCCUCCCUACGGGGAUGAGCUGCCAGUUGAGAAUCACAAAGAGGAGAUGGAGGUGGAUCAGGAGCAGGAGCAGGAGGAGCAGGAACAUCAGCAGGAGGAGCAAGAACAUCAGCAGCAACUCCUGAUCCAACAGCAGCAGCAGCAGCAACAACAGCAGCUGAAGAAGCAACAACAUAGUCGUAGCAAUGGUAAUCGUUUCAAGUCGCAGGGAGUGAAGCAGGAGAGGAUCAUCAGCAGCAGUAGCAGCAGCUCCUUAAGCAAAAAGCAACAAACAAUCCAGACAGGAGCAACAUCCUCCACAAAGGCAUUCAAUUUGAAUGAUCUCCAGACAUCACGUCCGGCCAUAUCCAUGCCCAAGUCCAAGAGCUACGACGACGAGGACGGUGACGGUGGUGGUGGACAUGGCGGAAAUGCCCAUCCUGGUCACAAGGCAGCCGGUAGCUCCGCGGAGGCGACAUCACUUGGCAAGCAGGCGGCGGGGAAACCAAACAGCGGGGAUCAUGGUGCUCCUGGCAACCAGAACUCCGGCUGGUUCGGCGGUCUCUGGAACAAGGUCUUCGUGAAGAACAAGAACCAAAUGAUCCUGCCGGACGACAAGAAUCCCACCAUCGUCUGGGACAAGGAGCGCAAGUGCUGGACCAACACCGAGGGUGGUGCCGAGGAGGUGGAGAGCUUUAAGCCGCCGCCCAAGAUGAGUGAUAUGGGAAUGGGAGGAGGACCGGCUGGAGGAGGAGGACCGGGAGCAGGAGGACCUCCUCUGCCACCCCCAGGGCUAGCAGCUGGACCACCAUCCCUGCCAGCCGUAGCAGCGCCCACGUUCAUGGAGCCAACUCCGUCGCAGUCCAUUGAUUAUACGGCAGCACCGGCGCAGCCCGAGUGGCUACCAGUGGCUCCACUACCUGCCCCAUCACCCGGCCUGGCUCCCUCCCCGGCGCCAGCAGCAGCACCAGCAGCAGCAGCAGCUGCUCCCGGCGGUGCCCAGCCCAAGCUGCAGUCCAACAUGUUCAAGAUGCAACGCAAUCGCACCCUGAAGAACUCGUAUGUGGAUGUCUUCAAUCCGUCGGGUGCUCCCAUGUCGGCGGCACCCGAGAGCGUCCUGGCGCCGAUAAUGGCGCCGGCGGCAGUGCCUCAGGGUGGGUACUUUGUGCCCCAGUAGUCCCAGUAGUUAUGGGAGGAGUGGGAGUCUGGAGUGCUGGAUGGGAGGAUUGGAGGAUGGGCUACUGCUGUCGAUAGCAACGAGAAUUGCCAACGAAAUCAGCAGCACGACGAGAGCUACGUAAAAAAAAAAAAAUAGAAAAAAAGGACCUACUACGAUAUGAUAUGUAUUUCCUAUACAUUUUCCAACUUGAAGGAUAACACACACGCCCGCGCCACCUCCUGCCGCCCCGAUAUAACCACCCCCCACCCCCCCUCUGUCUGUCUUUUUAUUUUAAUUUUUUUUCUUCUUCCUUCUGAUUCGUGUGUGCGUGUGUGUAUCUUAAAAAAACAAAUCUUAAAACUCAAAAUUAAACAAAAAACAACAAAAAAAAAAACAAGAAACUUAUUAAAGAACUUUUGAGUGUUUUGUGUUUUUGCGUUGGAUGUCCUUUUUAAGGUUUAGUGCAAAAAAAAAAUAAAAAAAUAAAAAAUGGAUAAUGAAAUCUAUGUACGAUUAGCUAAAAUAUAUAUAUAAUAAUUAAAAUAUAUAUAUAUAUAUAUAUAGAAGUGUGUAAAUCUUUCUUUAUGUAAACCCAACCCCCCGCACUCUACAAGACCCUGAACGGAGUGCCCCCCCCCAACCUCUAUACCCCCUCUUAUAUAUGUUUAUAUUAAAAAAAAAAAAACAAAAUACAUGUUUCUUUUGUAUGUUGCAUAGUUUUAUGAUUAUUUUUUGUUUAGCCGUAUAUGUAUAUGAGAUGGAACUCGAUGUAUCCGAUGGAGGAGAGACACUACCUUUUCUAUGCAUCUCUUAAAUACUAUAUAUAUACUAUAUAUAUCUGUAACUUCUGCGUUUGUUAUGCUUAAUGGAUCAAAAAAAACAGAUUAAAAACAAAAAAAUAUUAGGAAAAAUACUUAUAAAAAUUUGGAUUUAAAAAACUAAAAAGAUUUAACAAUUUAAGUGUUCUAUUUUCCGAAUUCUUCCCACCCUCUUUUCAGUGUCAAAAAAAAAAAAACAUUAAUUCUAUUUAAAAUAAUUCCAAUUUUAAAUGAUAUAUGUAUGGAUGUAUCUUUAUUUUUUAGAACAAUUUUUUAAAUGGUUUAAUUCUGUUUAUUCCCAUUAAUUUUUUUUAUACAUUUGAGUUUGUGUUUGGAAUUGAAAAUGCAUUUUGAAAAUGUUUAUUUUUUUUCUUGUUAAAAAACUUGUUUGUUUAUGCUUUAAUUUAUAAUUUUAAUCAAAUAACUGGUGCAGGCAAAAACAAAGCAAAAAAAAAAAGCGAAAAAAACGACAAAAAAAUGAGAAAUAUUUAGAAAUUAAUAGAAAAUGGUUGGCCCGACAGGACAUAAUGUUUUAUGUACAAAUAAUUAACGCCAAUCGGUAGGUUCUAAAUUCUAAAAAAUAUAAUAUUGCUGUGCAAGUCGUUUCAAAUCAGACCACACAAGAAAUUGUACACAAAUCUAAGAUAAAACCCCAGAUCUGUAACACGAUUUCCCCCCCCACUUACACAUUAUAUAUAUAAUUAAAAAAUAAACACAAAGGGACAGACAUGAUAAUGAGUAGAGCGGAACUAGAGCGAAACAAAAGUGUGGUAUGAAUUCUUAACGUUUAAUUAGUCUAAAAAAAAAUAUAUAUAUAUAUAUUUAAAAACUAAAUUCAAUGCGUCUGAAAAAAUACACAACAUUUAUGUAAAAAUAUUAAAAA